AUGGCUGCGAUUGCUGCGGCAGCCCCCUUUUCUGCGCGCGCCUGGGUGGCGACGCACGGCGACGCGCUGCACGUCGACGAGUUGUUCAUCGAGAAGCUCAAGCUCGCGGCGCUCGACCGCUUCGCGCUCGACGGCGGCGACGCGCUGCUCGAGUUCGGCGACGAGGUUCGAGCCGAUGCAGCAGAGGCCUACGCCGACACCUGGGUCCGCGAGGGCCUCGAGGCGCUGGAGGCGCACGCGGCGAGCGGGCGGUCCCUGCGGCGCGCGCCGAAGCCGGCCGACGUCGACGCGCUGGCGUGCAAAUUGACCGUGUCCGACCUUCGGCCCGCGGCGUGCUUUUUACUGAGCUAUUCGCCGCACGACACGAAGCAUCCACUGGCCUCCGACGUCGCGAGCUUUGGUUCGAAGGAACGAGGCUCCAAGGCGUCGUACAGCUACUCGGACGCGCACGUCGACAAGGCCCAGGUGCCCGCCUACGACGUCUCCGCGGUGCUCUACUUCAACACGAUCGGGAGCGGCUUCGACGGCGGCGGCUUUGCUUUCGUGGAUGGAGAUGGAGACACGGUCGUGGAGCCGCGAGCGGGGCGCUUGCUCGUGUUUUCGUCGGGCUGCGAGAACCUGCAUCGUGUUUUGGCCGUGACGCGCGGGACGCGGUUUGCGAUGACGAUGUGGUGGUCUUUAAGAAGCUGA